CCUUGACUUUGCUCCCCAAUCUGAUAACAGCGACAAAAGCUGUCCGUCAACCGAGCUUUCUCCGCUUGCAAUCGAACGAGCUGCGUGUCCGCCGAUCAGUUGGUCGACUGACGCCGUAGCGUGGACGUGUAGAUCAUCUGGUGGUGCUUUGACUGUAGUGCAAAUAGUGCUGCCAAGUGCAAAAUAAUAAAUAUACAUAGGUAUAUACCGAGAAGUGUAAAAAGAAAAUUAGAAGAAACUGACACUAGAAAUGAUGUCUAAACGAUUGUUGGCUCAAAAAAGUCGGGUCCUUCUGAGAUCCACGCUCCGUCAGAGGUCGAGCUCAACGCUGCACUCAAAGGCAGCGGCCGGUGUGGUGAAGCAGACGCAGAGCGAGAUGCCCGAGUGCGACCAUCGACCAGUGGCGUACGAAGGUUCCAGCUACGAACAGAUCCUCAAGACGCGACGCAACCAUCUGACACCCAACCUGCUGGCGCACUUCAAAAAGCCAUUGGUGAUCCACGCGGGCCACAUGCAGUGGUUGUUCGAUCACGAGGGACGGCGGUAUUUAGACAUGUUUGGUGGAAUCGUCACUGUGUCCGUUGGACAUUGUCAUCCAAAGGUGAACCAGGCGUUAAGCGAGCAAACCGCAAAACUGUGGCACACGACAAACAUCUACAUGCACCCCAAGAUUCACGAGUACGCCGAGCGUAUGGUGGCCAAGUUUCCGGGGAACUUAAAGAGCGUGUGCUUCGUGAACUCCGGCUCGGAGGCCAACGACCUGGCCAUGCUGAUGGCGCGCCUACACACUGGCAACCAGGACAUCCUCUCCUUCCGCAACUGUUACCACGGAAUGUCGCCGUACACCAUGGGCUUGACGGCUCACUCCACCUGGCGGUUCCCGCUGCCGGGAGUGAACAAUGGACUGGUCCACGUAAUGAACCCCGAUCCCUACCUGGGCAUUUGGGGAGGGUCGAAAUGUCGUGACUCGCCCGUGCAAACGACCCGCCAAUGCCAAUGCACGGAGGGUUGCCAGGCGGGUGACGCGUACUACAAAGAGUUGGAAGAGACUUUUAAGUACUCCCUACCUCGCGGCAAAGUUGCGGCCAUGUUCGCAGAGUCCAUCCAGGGUGUUGGUGGUACGGUGCAGUUUCCCAAAGGCUAUUUGAAGCGGGCCGCCGCCCUGGUCCGUGCAAACGGAGGGCUUUUUGUUGCCGACGAGGUGCAGACUGGUUUUGGACGAACCGGCGAACAUUACUGGGGCUUCGAGGGUCACGACUUCGUGCCCGACAUAGUAACCAUGGCCAAAGGAAUAGGAAACGGUUUCCCAUUGGCUGCUGUCGUCACCACUCCCGAAAUAGCCGCCUCUCUGGGCCAGGCAUUGCACUUCAACACCUACGGAGGCAACCCCAUGGCCAGUGCCGUGGGCAUCGCAGUGCUGGACGUGAUUGAGGAGGAGCAGCUGCAACGCAACUCAUUGGAGGUGGGAACAUACUUCCUCAAAGGGCUGGCUGAACUGCAGCAGCGUUUCGAGAUCGUUGGUGAUGUGCGGGGCAAAGGUCUCAUGAUCGGUGUGGAGCUGGUAGGCGAUCGAGAAAAGCGUACUCCCCUGGCCACGCCCCAUGUCCUGGACAUCUGGGAGAAGUGCAAGGACCUGGGCGUGCUCUUCGGACGUGGAGGUCUUCAUGGAAAUGUUCUGCGCAUCAAGCCUCCCAUGUGCAUCACUCGGGCUGACGCGACGUUUGCCGUAGAUGUGCUAGCCCGGGCCAUCACGGAGUCCGGGAGUCGCGGAGAUUAACUGAUGGGUAUCCAGAUGGGCAAUGGGAGUACAUAAAAUAGAUGGAGUAUGAUAGGAAGGUCUUAGUUGCAUUUAUUAGGCCAGAAAAUAAGUGAAGUCCCUUAGAAAAUAAACCUUAUUACGACUAAAAAUUUGUUUAUACUUUGUAAAAUAUUUUUAAGAAUUGUUUUUUAUGUAUCAAAUUUUUUAAACAUAAAAGUAUCUUUAAAAAACAUUAAGUGUUUUGCACAAACCAAUCGGUUGACUUUUUAGUAAGAACGUUAUUCCCCGUAGCUAGGCACUUUUUCGUCUGAUCAAAAACUUAAGGCCAAUUUAUAAAUUUAAUUAGUAAUGGAAAUUCAUUUAAAAUUCCAAACACCUAAUUUAAUUUAAUGCAUUUAUUAAAUUAAUAAGUUUAUUGAAAGUAUCUUUUGUUGUUAAAAAUCAUCCAAAUCUUGUUCUUAAUAUUGACACAUUUUCAUUUAGUGUUACUCAUUGGAACUCAAUUCAUAAAAAUAACUUCUACCUUCCACAAAAUACAUACUAACUGAUAAAAUAUACUUUUACUUGAUUAAUUUCCCAAUAAAACUAUUACCCGAUAAUAAAAAUAUGUAAAUGAUGUUUAAGUUACUAACUUACUUACAAGAUUUCUUAUACAUUUUGUUAUCAUCAGUUUAAAAAAUGCUAAAGAUUUUUUACAUUUUAAAAUGGCUAAAAGUAUGCAACACAACUAAGGGAUAUAGAAAAAUGUAAUAUACGUGUAAAAAGUCGUGGCAAUGUCAUAUACAAUCAGAAUAUUUUUAUCUAAAAUUGGUAAUUCGAAGGAUAAAAUCAAGGACUCUCGUGGUUUAUUCUAUUAUCAAAGCAAGUUUAAAUUUAAAAUUGGCAUGCAUGGUUAAAGCACUGAAAUCAUUAAGGUUUUGUCGAAAGUUUGUCACAGCUACAAUGGGAAAAAGUGUGUCAUAUUUCAAAGUGUCAUACCUACCUUUUCUAAUCAAAAUUUCUUCAAAAUGCACGUCAUUACAAAUCCAAUCGGCUUAAGG